CGCCCUGUGCCUAAGUAAGCUGCUGCUACAAAAUAGCUUUUCUUUUGCAAUAAUUUUUACAACUUUGAUGUGUAAUUAACAUACAAUAAAAUCUCCCCCAUUUUAAGUGUGCAGAUGGGGGAUUUGACAAAUUAUACCCCCGUGUAACCACUACCCCAACGCAGACAUAAACCGUGUCCUUUACUCCGGGAAAGUUCCCUCAUGCCCCUUUCCAGUCAAUCCACAACCCCCCCUCCCUUGAUUUCUAUCGCAGUUUAGUUUUGCCUGUUCUAGAGCUUCAUAAAAUGGGAUCAUUCGAUUCUAUCCGGGUGCCGGCACCCAGCCACUCCUCUGCCAAUGAAGUACAUCCUGGUCACUGGCGGGGUCAUCUCGGGCAUCGGUAAAGGGAUCAUCGCGAGUAGCAUUGGGAUGAUUCUGAAAUCAUGCGGGCUCCGAGUGACUGCCAUCAAAAUUGACCCCUAUAUUAACAUCGACGCAGGCACUUUUUCCCCUUAUGAGCACGGUGAAGUGUUUGUCUUAAACGAUGGUGGAGAAGUUGAUUUAGAUCUGGGAAAUUAUGAACGAUUCUUGGAUAUUAAUCUUUAUAAAGACAACAACAUCACCACUGGGAAGAUCUAUCAGCAUGUGAUUAAUAAAGAGAGGCGUGGCGAUUACCUGGGGAAAACAGUACAAGUUGUCCCUCACAUUACUGAUGCUGUCCAAGAGUGGGUUAUGAAUCAAGCCAUGGUGCCUGUGGAUGGUCAUAAGGAAGAGCCCCAAAUAUGCGUUAUUGAGCUGGGUGGCACCAUUGGAGACAUUGAAGGAAUGCCAUUUGUGGAAGCGUUCAGACAAUUCCAGUUUAAAGCAAAAAGAGAGAAUUUCUGUAAUAUCCAUGUUAGCCUUGUCCCACAGCCCAGUGCUACUGGAGAACAAAAAACCAAACCCACACAAAACAGUGUCCGUGCGCUGAGGGGCUUAGGCCUGUCUCCAGAUCUGAUUGUCUGCCGAAGUUCAACGCCCAUCGAAAUGGCUGUGAAGGAAAAGAUUUCUAUGUUUUGUCACGUGAACCCUGAACAGGUCAUAUGUAUCCAUGAUGUUUCUUCCACAUACCGAGUGCCUGUGCUUUUGGAGGAACAAGGCAUUGUUAAAUAUUUUAAAGAGAGAUUGGAUCUGCCUAUUGGUGAUUCUGCAAGUCAUUUGCUUUUCAAGUGGAGAAAUAUGGCUGACAGAUAUGAAAGGUUACAGAAAACAUGCUCCAUAGCCCUGGUUGGCAAAUACACCAAGCUCAGGGACUGCUACGCCUCCGUGUUCAAAGCCCUGGAACACUCAGCCUUGGCCAUCAACCACAAACUGAAUCUGAUGUACAUAGACUCGAUUGAUCUGGAGCAGACCACUGAAACCGAGGACCCUGUGAAAUUCCAUGAAGCUUGGCAGAAGCUAUGCAAAGCUGAUGGUGUUCUUGUGCCAGGAGGCUUCGGAAUCAGAGGAACAUUGGGGAAACUCCAAGCGAUUUCUUGGGCAAGGGCAAAGAAGAUUCCUUUUCUGGGAAUUUGCCUUGGGAUGCAGCUAGCAGUGAUAGAGUUUGCAAGAAACUGCCUUAACUUGAAAGAUGCCGAUUCCACAGAAUUUGAGCCAAAUGCCCGUGUUCCUAUGGUGAUCGAUAUGCCCGAACACAACCCUGGCAAUUUGGGAGGAACAAUGAGGCUGGGAAUAAGAAGAACUGUUUUCAAAACUGAAAAUUCAAUUUUAAGGAAACUUUAUGGGGAUGUUCCUUUUAUAGAAGAAAGACACAGACAUCGAUAUGAGGUGAACCCUAGCCUGAUCCACCAACUUGAGCAGAACGACUUAAGUUUUGUAGGUCAGGAUGUCGAUGGGGAGAGGAUGGAAAUCAUUGAACUGGCGAAUCAUCCCUAUUUUGUUGGUGUCCAAUUCCAUCCCGAGUUUUCUUCUAGGCCAAUGAAGCCUUCCCCUCCAUACCUGGGACUGUUACUUGCAGCAACUGGGAACCUGAAUGCCUACUUGCAACAGGGAUGCAAGCUGUCUUCCAGGGGCCCUUUGAGAAGGAAUGAUAGGUACAGUGAUGCCAGUGAUGACAGCUUUUCAGAGCCACGGAUAGCUGAGUUGGAAAUAAGCUGAAACCAAUACAUGACUUGGAAUAACAGGGAUUGCCUGAGAGGGAUCUGAAGUCCUUGAAGCCAAGAUGAAGGAAGUGUCUGAAGAAAUCACCACACUCUUAAUCACUGUCUUCUCCACCAGACGUGGGAUUGUAAAGCCUCGAAGGGAAGCUAAUAAUACGUCCUUCCAUGAACCAGAACCAAAGGGGUAGUUUCCCUUUUCCUCUAGAGGUGGCCUUCGCUUCUCACCAAUUUCUGUAGCUGAUUAAACUUUCCCAACACCCUCACUGGGGAGAAAACGUGUUCGUGUUUCGUCCUAUGUAUCGUGAUGUGCAGGUGGUGAGCAAGGAUCGGGGUAACUGAGCCUUCGCUGUGCCGUGUGGAAAGGGUGGCAGGGCACAUGCGAUAACUAAUUUUGAGUCAAAAAUGAGUCAUUCUGUUACCUGGAACUCAACCACAGAUUUCUGUGCUCCCCAAGCUUAUUUCAAUUUCUCACCCUGUUUAUUUCUAGUUAAAAGUAAAAUUAAACAGGUCUAAGACUGGGGUUGGCAAAUAAGGCCCUCACCUCAGGUACAGAAUUUAAGGGGGCAUAAAAAACUCAGGAAUCAAGAUCAGUAAUAUGUAUAUUUUUUAAUUGAGGUGAAAUUCACAUAACAUAGAAUUAAUCAUUUUAAAGUGAACAAUUCAGCAGCAUUAGGUACAUUCACAAUGCUGUGCAACCACCACCUUUAUCUAUUUCCAAAACAUUUCCAGCACUCCAAAAUAAAUCCCCAUACCUGUUGGCAGUCACCCCCCUUUCCUCCCUCCUCCCAGUCCCUGGAAACUGCUAAUCUCCUUUCUAUUUCUAUGAAUUUGCCUAUUGUGGAUAUUUCAUAUAAGUGGAAUCGUACAAUAUGUAGCCUUUUGUGUCUG